AUGGGGGUUGAGAACAUGGAGAUGGAAGACACGGACUCGACUUUGAUGGAGAAGGGGACAAAGAAGGUGCCGGUGCCCAGACCUCCCAACAAGUACGAGACUCUGUUCCAGCCCUGCCUGGCGGAGAUCGUGGGGACCAUGUUCUUCGUCUUCAUCGGCUGCGUGUCCGUCAUCGAGAACGUGCCGGCGGCUGGACGUUUGCAGCCGGCCCUGGUGCACGGUCUGGCUGUGGCGGUGCUGGUGGCGGUCAUGGAUAAUAUCAGCGGCUCCCACUUCAACCCUCCCUUCACCAUAGCCAUCUAUCUGUGUGGCGGCAUGGAGCUGAUGAUGGUGGCACCGUACCUGGUCAGCCAGCUGAUUGGAGGAGUGCUCGGAGCUGGGAUGGCCAAGAUGAUGACACCUGCAGACCGCUACUUGAACGCCACAGGAGCGGCGUUUGACAUCCUGAAGGAAGAGAGCCAGCUGUCCAGAGCAAUUUUUGGGGAGGUGGCCAUGACCUGCCUGAUCACCAUGGUGGUACUGCUGGUGGCGGUCAACGGCAAGACGAAAACCCCACUGGCUCCAUUCCUUGUGGGCUGCACUGUCAUCAUUAACGUCCUGGCAGGCGGUGACAUAUCGGGCACGUGUCUGAACCCCGCCAGAGCUUUUGGCCCAGCUGUGAUGACCAACUACUACUGGAUCUACCACUGGGUUUACUGGGUGGGACCCAUCGGGGGAGGCCUGGUGGCCGCUGCGCUGCUCAGGCUCAUUCUGGGUGAUAACAAGUUACGAGUCGUCAUGAAGUCAUAA